AUGGAAGACGGUAAUGUUGGUUUAUACCUAAGUAAAGACUCAGAAUAUCCUGGUUCCAAUGAAUUAAUAAAUCUAAUGUUGGAUUCAACUUUAUCAUCACCGCAGACGUGGUUUAGUUAUAUAACUCAACAAUAUUAUGAAUGCAUGAUUCCAUUACUUAGUCAAAUACUAUUCAAUCAUUAUUUAAACUUCUAUCCCUGUAUUCUAUUUCGUCUUUUGGUUUUUUUUAAUCCAUUUCAUCAACAAUACACUUUCAUUAAUCAUGCUUUCGCAGGCCUAGCAGGCACAUUAGUUCUCUGGCUUCAAUUUGAAAGUCAAAUAGUCGUUUUACUAGUAGAAACCUGGAUUGGCUAUGUAAUUAUUCGAUUUUUUGAUCGACAUCGCGGUAUUAUCAUGGCUCUGGUUUCCGUUUGCUAUCUAAUGCUAUGCGAAUUUGAAAUUAUUUACCUAGAAUCGUGGCAAAGAUUACGAGGGAUAGAAAUGGUCUUAGCCAUGAAACUUAUCGCUCUAGCUGUUGAUGUAGACAGCAAAGAAGACUUGAGGUGGAGCUAUGCGAUCUGUAAAUCGCUGAUACUUGGUUUUAUAUGCCUAAUAAUAUCUACUUGUGUGUCUUCUGGCUUACGAGAACACAGUAAUAAUAAUAAGUGGAUCAUAGCCUGGCUAUCUGCCCUAUCGUUUCGAUUUAGUCACUACUUUGUUUGCUUAACAUCGGAAGCGACUAGCCUAGCGUCGGGUUAUUUCAAUGAGCCUCAUGAAGAUAACGAAAGUCUUGAUUGGCAACAUGAAGUUGUUAAACCUUCAAGAAUUGAAUUACCUAGAUCAUUGGUAGAAGUUGUUAUUUACUGGAACAUGCCAAUCCAUUGGAUGCUGAAAAAAUAUAUUUAUCAACCUUCUAUAACUGGAGGCAAAUGGUUUGCGGUAUUUGCAACAUAUUUUGCUAGUGCUCUAUUACACGGAUUGAAUUUUUCUCUAUCCGCAAUAUUGCUAUCUAUUGGAGUUUAUGCAUACAUUGAACAUGCUAAUUCAGAUGAUAGUAGGGAAAGUGAUAUAUCUUAA